GUUGGCAACUCAAAUGCGGAACUCCAAGCUCGGGUCCAGGGUAAGAAGCCUAUAGUUUUGCGAGGACACCCUUUCGCAGAGGAUGUCUUAGGAGAGGAUUUGCCCAGCAACUUCAGGGAGUUGAGUUUGUCCUAUGAUGGGUCGGCGGACCCAGCUAGGCACUUGAGAUCGUUCAAUAAUAUAGCCGUGCUGCACAGGUAUAGUGAUGCUGUGAGUUGUCGAGCCUUCUUGACGACGUUAAAGGGGUCGGCGCAGGAUUGGUUCCAUCAGCUGCCAGCAGGAUCUAUAGAUGGCAUUGAAAAGUCCUUUGAUGAGCUACUUGAGAGGUGUAGCAAAUAUAUGAACAUGGAGGAAUCAGAGGCGGACUCCAUCCGAAAUGAUAAAACAAAGGCUAAGCAGGUGGAGGAGAGGCCUCGACAAGGUGAUCGGCGAGCUGCCCUAAAGGAGGCUAGGGUUGAGGAUCGGUUCAGGGGUCUGAGGUACGAGCAUUACCAAUCACUUAAUGCACCCCAACAUGAGAUCUUGGAGACAAUGGAAAAACGAGGGGAGGACAAGUUGCUCGCACAACCAAAGCCUCUGCCCCCACCGCGGAAGUUUUCGGCAUCGAAGGACAGGUCUUGUCGGUACCAACGUGAUUAUGGCCACUCUACCAAUUUCUGCCGAGAGUUGAAGGAUGAAAUUGGGCAGCUCAUUAGGGCCGAUCACUUAAAGGAGUUCGUGAUCAAGGACAAAGAACGCCAGGAUGAUCGUCGGGAAGGGUCAAGUGACAAGCGAAGGAGGACUGAUGAGCAACCUGAUAGACCAGUUAAGAAGGGCAUAAUACACAUGAUCACGGGAGGUCCUACGGAUGGAGAUUCACAUAGAGAGAGGAAGAGGACCUCCCGGGGAAAGGGUGUGGCAGGUAAGGUGGCCGAGGUGCAGGUGCAGAAGAGCUCGGCCACUUUGAAGUUUGGAGCUGACGAUGUGCAGGGGCUCGUUGUCCCACAUAAUGACGCUUUGGUCAUCACUGCGGAGGUGGCUAGUUACGAUGUGCAGAGGGUGCUCAUAGACACAGGGAGCUCGGCAGACAUCAUUUUUUUGAAGUGCUUGCAACAGAUGGAGUUAGACAUAAAGGUCGAGCCGGUCCACACUGCCCUCUAUGGUUUCAGCGGCAGUGAGGUCCGCCCC